AGUGUAGCUUUUUAGAUUUAAGCAGCAUUUGUGUUUGUGUUCACAGUUUGUGUUCACAAGGCACUCAUUUGUGAUUUCUGCGUUUUCCCUAACAGAAGUGUGGUACAUUAUUUAUUAGCUUUGUGUGUAGCAGCAGCCCUCUACAGUCUCUCAGUAGCAGCAGACGCUGUCAGUUCCUCCUCCCAGUCUCUCCAUGGCUCAGCCAAUCAGCAUCGAGCUGAGGGGAGGCAUAUGUUACCAGCUCUGAUGCUGCCUCAGCAUCCGAAAGGGAGGGGAGAGAAAGCGAGGGUGAGAGCGACGGCGACAAUUCUAGACUGCACAGCGACAUCAGUGUCGCAGCUUAGGAAAGACAAAAGAGUAAGCGGGAGUAUCGUCUGCCAGAAAGAGGAUACAAUACAUCAAGAAAAGAGAGGCGAGGAGAAGGCUGCUGCAAAGCCAGUGUCCACCCUCUUUCUCUCGCUCUCUCUGGAUGAUGUCACAGCAGUGUUGAACUGAAGCCGGCAUCACUCUACAGUAGCAGCUGCUGCUCUGUCUCUCUCUGCCACAGCUGCUGCUGCUCAUGGGAUUACUGCUGCUGUUGUUUCUGUGGCAGUUGCUCGUUGGCCCGCUGGUCUGAACACACAUAGCGCCACACCCCGCCACACACUCUACUCUACUCUACUCUCCAGCCUGAGUUCCAGAUCUCCUGUACCUGAGCAUUCUUCUCUUCACCAGACGGCAACAGAGUGUGUAUGUGAGGAGUACUUUGUCGACAGAGGGAGAAGAAGUAUAAUCUACUUUGCACCGUCAUCCAGGGACAGUUUGUAAAAGCUCCAGAGGCGUGUGUUUUAGGGUUACCCCCACACCCGCUGGCGGUCGCCCCCCUCCCCUGGUCCCGGCAGUGAGGGGCGCUGGGCCAUGUUCAGGGGGGGCCAUGAGCCCGAGGUGUAUGCUGCUGUUUGUCUUUGGCUUCGUUGGAGGGGCCGUUGUUAUUAACUCUGCCGUGCUGGUGUCUCUGUCUGUCCUGCUGCUGGUGCACUACUCUGUCUCUACUGCCCUCCCUGCCCUGCCCACCCUGCCACGGCCCAGCAGGAAGGAGCGUCCCAUCUCCAUGGGGGUAUUCCCAUUACCCGGAAGUGAUUUGACCACUGACCCGCAGAGGGAAACUGUUGAAACGCUGUCUGAACCCUGGAGAUAUAACGACCUGAGCCACCCUCGCUCCAACACCAGCCUCAAGGAUGAGAUGUCUAAUGCUAACCGUGGAGGCUCCAAGUCCAACACCCCCAUGUCUCCUAAAGGGGGCUCCAAGUCAGGGACCCCCAUGUCUCCUAAAGGGGGCUCCAAGUCAGGGACCCCCAUGUCUAGCCAUGGUGGAGGCUCCAAGUCAGGGACCUCAUUUGGGGCUCCCGCUCAAGGAGGAGGUUCCAAAAUGUCCUCACAACAAGGUGGUUCUAAAUCAGGCACCCCCAUCUCUUCUCAAGGAGGGUCCAAAUCGGGUACCCCUAUGUCAUCUCAAGGAGGGGACUCAAAGUCGGUUACCCCAAUGUCCACACAAAACAGCGACUCUAGUUUGGUCACUCCACCAUCUUCUCAAGGAGGAGGGUCUAUGUCGGCCACUCCCAUGUCUACUUCCGAGUCUGACAUUGCCAUGGCGUCGGUGAGCACGCCACUCCAGGAAGAGUUAAAGGAAGUGGGCAAGGGUCUGAACAGGAACCUGGACAGAAGCAACAGGAAGCCAGAGAACAUCAGCAGUAAGAACACCACAGUACAGGAGGGUCAGGAAGGACAGGACUCAGAGCUGAGAGGAGGGUCAGGACCUCUCACAGGCACAGCAGAUGAUAACGCUGAGUCAUUGGAGGUGCAGGCCAUCAUAGAGUCCACUCCUGAACUGGACAUGGACCUUAGCGGCUACAGAGACGCCAGUACUCCUACUAAAGGAGUAGGUAUAGAAAACAUGGCGUUCGACAGGAACACUGAGUCUCUGUUUGCAGAGCUGUCCUCGGCAGGACCCGACAUGGAAAUAGACAUAGCAGACAUGGACGAGGGGGCCGACCUGCUGGCAUGGGUGUCAGACACAGACCUUAACUUCCUGGGUAUGGGUCGUGAAGUGGAGCAUCUCAUCCACGAGAACACUCAGCUGCUGGAGACCAAAAAUGCAUUGAACGUGGUGAAGAAUGACCUGAUAGCGCGUGUGGAUGAGCUGUCGUGUGAGAAGGAGGUGUUGCAGGGAGAGCUGGAGGCUGUGACUCAGGCCAAGACCAGACUGGAGGAGAAGAACAAGGAACUGGAGGACGAACUCAAGAAGGUUCGGGCCGAGGCAGAAGAGGCCAAAACGAAGACCAAGACUGAGAACAAUGAGGAAGAUGCGGAUGUUCCCACAGCCCAGAGGAAGAGGUUCACCAGAGUAGAGAUGGCCAGAGUCCUCAUGGAGAGGAACCAGUACAAGGAGAGACUGAUGGAGCUACAGGAAGCUGUACGAUGGACAGAGAUGAUACGAGCAUCAAGAGAGAAUCCAGCCGCCGCAGACAAGAAGAAAUCCAGCAUCUGGCAGUUGAGUUUCAGUCGGUUGUUCAGUUCGAGUGGCGGAGCGGCUAAGAAGCCUGCGGAGGCUGCGCCAGUGAAUGUGAAGUACAACGCCCCCUCCUGCCAGGUCCAGCCCUCUGUGAAGAAGAGGAGCGCAGCUCUGCAACAGCUACCCAGCGACAAGAGCAAGGCCUUCGACUUCCUCAAUGAGGAGUCUGAGGCAGGCAACAUGGUGUCUCGUAGGGAGCAGAAGAGAGCCCAGUACAGACAGGUGAAAGCCCACGUUCAGAAGGAGGAGGACGGCAGGGUACAGGCCUACGGGUGGAGCCUGCCGCAGAAAUUCAAGGUGGCCAACGGUGGUCAGACGUUAGAGAACAAGAUGAAGAAUCUACCUGUACCCGUCUACCUCCGACCGCUGGACGAGAAAGAUGCUACCAUGAAGUUGUGGUGUGCUGCGGGUGUGAACCUGUCGGGGGGUAAGACUCGUGACGGCGGGUCUAUAGUAGGAGCCAGUGUGUUCUACAGUGACCUGACCAGUCCUGGUCCUGAGAGCCCUCUCAGGAAGAUAGGAUCACAGAGCAGUCUGGACAAACUGGACCAGGACCUAAAGGAGCAGGAGAAGGAGCUGCGCCACCAGGAGGAGCUGUCCUCUCUGGUGUGGAUCUGUACCAGUACUCAGGCCACCACUAAGGUCAUCGUCAUCGAUGCCAACCAGCCUGGGAACGUCCUGGAGAACUUCUUUGUCUGCAACUCUCAUGUCCUCUGCAUCGCCAGUGUGCCAGGUGCCAGAGAGACAGACUACCCGGCAGGGGAGGAGGUGCCCCAUGACGCGGGGUCGGCUGCUGAGGGUGGGACUCUGGAAGCCAGCACAACCAGUAGUUGCUCAAGGGGUGAAGCUGGAGUGCUGGCAGGGAUCAAUGUAGUUGGCUGCUCUACAGAGGGGGCAGUGGCUACCCCCCAGACAGCAGGAGCAGAGAAUGACACCGACACAGACUCCAAGGCUGCAGAGGAGGCUACUGAAGCUACAGAGGCCAGUGCAGGUCCUGCAGGCCCGGAGCAUGACUUAAGUCAGAGGGGAGUCUACACUGAACAUGUCUUCACUGACCCUCUGGGUGUACAGAGCACUAGUCCUGGGGAGACGCCAGCCAACUACACACAGAGGGAGUCUGAUCUGGUAAAGGAUGGUGUUAGCUCCAACCCUAACCCAGAGGAACAGGACCUGAUGAGAGAAGAAGCCCAGAAGAUGAGCAGUGUUUUACCCACCAUGUGGCUUGGGGCACAGAACGGAUGUGUGUACGUGCACUCAUCAGUGGCCCAGUGGAGGAAGUGUCUCCACUCUAUAAAGCUGAAGGACUCUAUCCUGGGCAUCGUCCAUGUGAAGGGGAGAGUGUUGGUGGCUCUAGCUGAUGGAACACUGGCUAUCUUCCACAGAGGAGUGGAUGGUCAGUGGGACCUGACUAACUACCACCUGUUAGACCUGGGCAGACCCCACCACUCUAUCCGCUGUAUGACCGUGGUUCACGACAAGGUCUGGUGUGGCUACAGGAACAAGAUCUACGUGGUCCAGCCCAAAGCCAUGAAGAUAGAGAAGUCGUUUGAUGCCCACCCCCGUAAGGAGAGCCAGGUGAGACAGCUGGCGUGGGAUGGAGAUGGUAUCUGGGUGUCCAUCCGACUGGACUCUACUCUGAGACUGUUCCAUUCCCACACACACCAACACCUGCAGGACGUUGACAUAGAGCCCUAUGUCAGCAAGAUGCUGGGUACGGGGAAGCUGGGCUUCUCGUUUGUCAGGAUCACAGCUCUCAUGGUGUCCUGUAACCGUCUCUGGGUCGGCACUGGCAAUGGAGUCAUCAUCUCUAUACCUCUCACUGACACCAAUAAGGUGAUUGCUGGGCCAGGUAAACCUGGCGGAGUGAUCCGUGUCUAUGGUGAUGAGAACAGUGACAAGGUGACGGCUGGAACCUUUGUACCCUUCUGCUCCAUGGCUCACGCUCAGCUCUGUUUCCAUGGUCACCGAGACGCUGUCAAGUUCUUCACCGCUGUCCCAGGUCAGGUGAUCCCGUCAGGUGCGGGCGGAGCAGCAGAGGCGGGGGGUGACAGUGGGGCAGAGGAGCACCCUCAACAGCAGCUGGAAAAGUCUGUUCUGGUGAUGAGUGGAGGAGAGGGAUACAUCGACUUCAGGAUGGGUGACGAGGCUGGGGAGACUGAAGAGCCACUGGAUGAGCCCACUCUGAAGCUGCAGCCGUUCCUGGCCAAAGCUGAGAGGAGUCACCUGAUCGUUUGGCAGGUCAUGGACAGCCAGGUCUGAACUUUUAACCCCUGACCUCUGACCAUGCCACGGAGAUUAGGAGCCUGUUUAAAGCAGGAACAAGCUGUCCAAUCAGAUUCACUCUUCUGCAUGUUUAUUUUUGUUUAUUUAUUUUCUUCUAAUUUUGGUUUUGUAUCUUUGUUUUGUUUUACGGUUAUUUUUUAUGAAUUUUUUUAUUUUACUGAUUGAAUUGUAUUUUAAAUCUGAUACAAGCCUGUUGCUCUUCUAUUAUUAUCAUUAUUAUUACUAGAAUGAUUAUUAGUGAAAACAAAAUAAUUAGUUUAUUUAACUUUAUUAGAUCAUGUUUUGCACCUGGUUUUCUAUUGGACGUUUAGGGUCCAACCCCUCUGUCCAAAUACUGUGUGGUGAUUGGUGGAAUCAAUGCAGGGUCAGGGUGUGUCUUUGGCCUCCCUCUCCUCCUCUCUGCUUUCUUUCAGAUAGACAGAGAGGAGACAAUACGGUAUAAGACACCUGUACACAGGAGAAUAAUGAUGGUUCAUUGGUUAUGAUGUGUUUUGAAAUGCAAAACCAAAACCACCCCAUGAUGUCUCACAUCGUCCAAUAAGAAAGAAGGGAUUACAGGACAAUCCAGUAAGGGAGCCAAUCCUGUGUGUCCUGAAUGACACAGGUGUGCUCUUCUUGCGUGAUAGAUUUUAUUUUGUGAGAACAUGGCUCUUGAUUGUAUGCAAGACAGUUUAAUCAAUUGUCAGAGUUUUCUGGACCUGGGAUCAGUGUUGUCCUCCAUGACUGGGCUUAUGUUUAGGCAAACCUAAUAGAUCACUGAUCAAUCAUGUCCGUAGCUGCAGGGGCAGAGAAUCGCCUUGUUUCAAUACUUUCGAAAUGCACCUUUUCUUUCUAGUGGUAAUGAUUAACAUGUUUGGAAUCAUGAUUGAAAUAGGAUGGAUACAUAUAGAUUAGUAAUUUAUUACCUCACGGAAGGAAGGCAGGGUUGCAUUUCAAGAGUUGGAACGGGGCCUCCGUCUUUAGUUUCUGGGCCCCUUCCUUCCUUCCCUCCUUCCUUCCCACCCUCCUUCCCUCCCCCCUUCCCUCCCUCCCUCCCACCAGCUAGAGCUUGCAGACACUUUAUGAAAAUCAACGACUGCCUUAUGUUUGAAAGUUGAAAAAAAAUAUUGAAAACUACAUUAUGGACUUUAAGUGUGACAGAGUAUUUAUUCCUAUGUGAAAGAAUGUUACUCGGCCGGUUACCAAAUAAAGUAAAUGUGUAAUGUGCGGCCCUGUAGCAGCAUGUUCAGCCCCGUCUUCCUGUAGAUACAAUAACAUUUUGCCAGACAGAUAGUCUUUGUUAAAAGGAUCAUGGUGUAUAGAAUAGAGAUAUAUUUUUAAGCUGUCAUCUCUGCAAAUGAACUAAGAGCACUCUCCGAGAGCAGAGAUGUUAGUGUAUAAUAGCUGGCUUCUGGAAUCUUUUGUACGCUGAGGGUAGAUGUUACCCAUAGGCACAGAUCUAGGAUCACUUUAUCCUCUGUAAAUCCCAACGUGAACCAUUAAGGGGAACAACUCAACACUGACCUUAGAUCAGCGUCUAGGGAAAACGUCUAUCUUCUACCUUUUGUACACUAGGGUGCAGGGUGGCUGUGUUCUCUGACCAGACAUGCUCCACCCUGAUAGGUUGAUAUGAUACUGAAGUGUUCAGAGACUCUCCUACUCUCCUAUUUUUAUUAACUUUUUGUACAUUUAGUCUUUUAGACUCUCACUGUGGUUGCAUCUCAAAUGACACAUUAUUGAUUCCCCAUCUAGUACACUAUUUUGGCCAGGCUAGUAGAAAGAAGUGCACUAGAAAGGGGGUAAGGUUUCAAUUGACAAAUGCGGCAUGUGUCUCUGGUCUGUGUAUCAACAGACUUUGCUGGUGUCUGUUACUCCGGUGUCUGUCCUGAGGAGUGAAAGUGUGUGUGUGUUUCUCCUCUCCAGGAGAAGACCCCUCAUCGCAGUUUAGCCAUUUCAGUAUUUAUUUCUAUGAAAGAGCCUUUGCAGUUCAGAAUGUAACUUUGUACAAUAUGAAAUAUGACCAUAUAUAUUAAUAUAAAUAUGUAUAUGAAACAUUGAAAUGGCUUGGGUUUAUUGUUUUGACAAUGAUUGUUAUUGGAAUGGUCAAUACAUGAGUGGUUGAAUUAGAGAGAGAGAGUAACUUCUGAGCUAUGCACUACAUCCACAGGGGGGGGGUUGAGUUUACUGGGUAGAAGUUGUCAUUGGGCAGAGAUCUAGGAACAGCUUAUCCUCACAAAAUCCUUCAUUACGGCUAAGGUGAAAUGUGUAAAACAGAACAGUGCCUAAGAUCAGCUUCUUCCUGGAGGUUGAUGAACAGGUCACGGUUCCCCCCCAAAGAAACCUGUCGUGUUGCUGUGAUGCAUCACCUAUGUACUGCUACAGCGUCUCAGCCUUAUUCUUUUAGCAAUCAAUUAAACUGACUUUUGUGGGGAAA